AUGGAAGCAGUUAAUAUUAUUAAGGCAAAAGCUAUAAAUUCAAGGCAUUUUAAAGUGCUGUGUAAGGGGGUCCACAGAAGUAUUGUAUGGAACAUGGCUUACCUCACUGACCUUUUUGAGAAACUAAUUGUUCUGAACACUUCACUUCUAGGUAAUCAGGCAGCUGUAAUAUCUUGGAAUGAAAAAGUGAAGGCAUUCAUAAAGAAAUUUAGGGUGUGGCAAAACCAAAUGGAAAGUAGGCUUCCGCAGCCAGACUCAGUCGACAUAAAAGUUUCCUGGGUGUGUUACCGUGUCAUAAUCCACAAUUUUUAUAAAGUUAAUUGGAUUAAAAGUCCAUUCAAAAAUGCUCCUGGACCAUCUUGUCUAGAUAUAAAAGGGCAAACUCAGUUCAAGAUAUUACCUACGCUGAGGCACAAUGUGAUGAAGAUCCUGACUCCUUUUGCAACAACUUACUUGUACCAGGCUGGCUUUCUGGGUUUGUCAUCUAUGAAGUCGAACUACCAUUCAAGACUGAAUGCAAGGAAAGAACUUCAAGCUACUGUUACUACUAUUACAUCACAUCUUGAGAAACUUUCUUGUCAAAAUCAAACUAAUCCAUCACAUUGA